AUGUCGUCCAUCAAACCCCAAACAGCACCCCCUCCCACCACGCACGUCCUCCUCUCCUACCCAGCCGACUACGUCCUCCUCGUCACCAUCAACCGCGAACGACAGAUGAAUUCGAUUCCCUUCGAGGGCCACCUAGAAAUGGGCCUCGUGUUUGACUGGUUCGAUCACGAGCCCAAUCUACGCGUUGCCAUUGUUACAGGAGCCGGCAAGAAGAGUUUCUGCGCCGGCCAGGACCUCAUUCAACUCGGCAGGAUACGGAGUGGGGAGCUGCAAACGAGUCCUGGCUUGAUGAGGCAUCCGUUGAGUGGGUUUGGGGGGCUGAGUAGGAGGAUGGGGAAGAAGCCGGUUAUUGCUGCUGUUAAUGGGUUUGCGCUGGGUGGAGGGUUUGAGAUUGUUUUGGGCUGUGACAUGGUAGUAGCAGCACCACACGCAACAUUCGGUCUCCCAGAAGCGCUUCGCGGCAUCUUCGCCGGCGCGGGAGGCCCACCACGUCUCGUCCGCAACGUUGGACUACCCAUCGCAUCUGAAAUGGCAUUGACCGGCCGACCCAUCACCGCACAGCGAGCCAAGGAACUCAACCUCGUGAACCGGAUAUCGCCAUCCCAGGAUACCGUCGUGGAAGAGGCAUUGAAGCUGGCGAAUGAGAUUGCGGCCAUUUCACCCGAUUCGGCAAUCGUCACACGGGCUGCGCUAAAGGAAGCUUGGGAAACGGGAAGUGUGGAGCGGGCUACGCAGUUGACGAUUGAACAGUAUAAUCACGGUUUGAAUGCGGGUGAGAAUGCGCUCGAAGGGCUAAAAGCUUUUGCUGAGAAGCGGAAACCGAAUUGGCGGCCUUCUAAGUUGUAG